GCUCUGGAGCCGCUGAUGUCGCCGCAGACUAACUGAGACAAUAAAGGAGAAACUCCAAAAUUUCCCAAGUAUUGUCAGUCAACUCCCACAUGGCAGUGAACCACUCAGCUGAAGAUUAAACCAAGUACACUCCAAAGCUCCAAAGCACUGCCCUCGUAGAUGCCGCUCAGUCUCCGUCUUUGCAAAUGGCUUGCUGUCUGAAGGACGAGCUCCUCUGUUCCAUCUGCCUCAGCAUCUACCAGGACCCAGUCAGCUUUGGCUGUGAGCACUAUUUCUGCCGAAAGUGUAUCACCGAGCACUGGAGCAGACAGGAGCCUCACGGAGCACGGGACUGCCCUGAGUGCCGCAGGACCUUCACCGAUCCUCUCCUCUCUCCAAGCCUCAAGUUAUCCAACAUUGUGGAGCGCUACUCGGCCUUCCCGCUGGACGCCAUCCUUAACGCCCAGAGGAGCUCCUAUCCCUGCAAGGACCACGAGAAAGUCAAGCUCUUUUGCCUUACUGACAAAAGUCUGGUGUGCUUUUUCUGUGACGAGCCGGCGCUACACGAGCAGCACCAAGUGACCACUAUAGACGAGGCUUACGAGGAGAUACAGAGGGAGAUGAAGGAGCAGCUGGCCACCCUGCAGGACAGUGAGAAGGGACACACUGAAGCCCUGCAGCUCCUGCAGAGACAACUCACAGAGACCAAGUCCUCGGCCAAGAGUCUGCGUGCAACCAUUGGUGACGCCUUUGAGCGCCUCCACCGCUUCCUGCGUGAGCGUCAGAAGAGCAUGCUGGAGGAACUGGAGAUGGACACAGCCCGCAAGCUCGCUGACAUCGAGCACAAGAUCCAGCGCUACAGCCAGCAGCUGCGCGACGUCAAGGAAGGCAUUCAGAUCCUGCAGGAGCGCCUCAACGAGACAGGGCGACACGACUUCCUGGAGGGAGUAGCUGUCACAUCAGAGAGUUUGAGGGGAUUCAAUAAGGUGGACUGUGAUGGUGUCAAGAUUCAAGUGAUGUUACGUCAUGUUUUGGCUCAGGAAAGCUCACACAAACAAUGCUCCAGAAGAACCAUCUAUGCUGCAGAACAAAUGAUUAAAGGGAAGAUACAUGAGACCAAUCUGACGUAUGAAGACUUCCCAACAUCCAAGUACAUGGGGCCCUUACAGUAUACAAUAUGGAAGUCGCUUUUCCAGGAUAUAUCUCCAGUGCCGGCAGCGUUGACUCUUGACCCCAUCACAGCCCACCAAAGACUGAUCCUCUCAGAUGAUUGUACCAUCGUGGCUUAUGGGAACCUCCACCCACAGCCUCUGCAGGAUUCCCCACGCCGCUUUGACGUGGAGGUGUCCGUUCUGGGUGCAGAGGGCUUUGUGUCGGGCGUCCAUUACUGGGAGGUGAUGGUGUCGGAGAAGACCCAGUGGAUGAUUGGUGUGGCCAACGAGACAGUCAGCCGUAAGGGCAGCAUCCAGAUCCAGCCCAGCCGCGGCUUCUACUGCAUUGUUAUGCACGAUGGGAACCAGUACAGCGCCUGCACCGAGCCCUGGACCCGCCUCAACGUCAAGAGCAAGCUAGAGAAGGUAGGGGUGUACCUGGACUACCCCAAAGGCCUACUCAUCUUCUACAAUGCAGACGACAUGUCCUGGCUCUACACCUACAGGGAGAAAUUUCCCACCAAGGUCUUUCCCUACUUCAGUCCCGGCCAGAGCCACGCCAACGGCAAGAAUGUGCAGCCUCUGCGAAUCAACACUGUACGCCUUUAAGAGCUACGCACAUCUGUUGUCACGUUUGUCCUGAAAGAUGAAUCCAUCAUAAGUGGAUUCACAGGACUUCUGUAGGUUUCAAAAGAUGUUCAAGAAAUAUGUUUAAAAUGUUUAAUAGGGUGUUUGAAAUGUUUAUUUCUUUCAGUUCGGUGUUAAGAAUUGUGCUUGAUGUUGCUCUUAAAACCUGCACUGUUAUUUUUUCGUGACUUGAAACAACCACACGAUAACGGUCUGCACUUGAGCCACAUUCCUCAUCCUUAACCAAAAAAGAUGACACUAAAUGGAGUCAGAUGGACCCCUGGGCUCCUCUGAGGUCUUUGGCAGUGAUGUAAAAAAUAAAAAUAAAAAAGUGGUUCCCCUCUCCAGAAGUGACUCUCCCAGGCCCACCUUGCACACUCCCAGGGGGCACCACUCUUUUUGUGCUUGAUAAAGCCCAUCUGGCCCUCCAAGCAUACCCCAUGCAUUGGCCAAAAGUGUUUAUUACAAAAUACUUUUGGGAUCAAAUAAAACUUUUUAUUUUAUUUUUUACAAUAGCUGAAAAAAGAACA